AUGGGCUUCUACUACAUGAUCUCUUGGAUUCCAUUCCUUGCUCUGAGCCACAUCUGCUUCUCUGCUGCUUAUGACAGCACUAAUCAGAACCAUCCCCCAUCUGCAAUGAUCGUCGGAACAGUUUACUGUGACACCUGCUUCCACCAGAAUUCUUCAAGAAACUACCAACUCAUUUCAGGUGCUUCAGUUAUGGUAGACUGCAGCAACCAGGCUACGAAGACCAGCUUCAGAAAAGCAGUCAAAACAGACAAAGAUGGUGUUUUUAGGGUACAGCUUCCUUCUGAGAUUGGAAAACAUGUUAAGAAGAUAAAGGGAUGCUCUGUGAAGCUCCUAAGCAGCAACGAGCCAUUCUGCGCCGUGGCUGCUUCUGCUACUUCGUCUUCCUUUCAUCUCAAGUCAACAACGAACAAGAUUCAUGUUUUCUCAUCUGGUUUCUUCACCUUCAGGCCCCUGAAUCAACCAGAACUUUGCUAUCAGAGACCAAGUGUCGAGGGAUCAUCAAACUUUGAAGCUUCAAAAGAUACAAUUCCUUCUUCCCCUCUGCCGUCUGUCAACAUUUCACCUCUUCUUCCACUGCUUCCACCAUUGCCAACCUUGCCAACCUUACCUCCCUUACCGAAUUUGCCAAAUAUACCUCAGCUCCCUCCACCAGCCACUCCAAGUAACCCACUUAUUCCGGGCAUCCCUAAGCAGUUCCCUACAAAUGAGACUAAACCUUAG